UGGUUGUGGUGCUGCUUCCCAGCAUGAUUAAGGAUGCUGUUGAGGACUACAGAAAACACCAGAAUGACAAGACAAUAAACUCCUGUAAAACCAGGGUAUAUGACAACUACUUUUUGAGAGAAAAACAAGAUGUCAAGGAGAAUUGUUCCAGGCUGCUUCUCUAGAAUGGUGUGGAAGAAACAUUUCUUCAAGGAAAGCUGCUGUCGCUGUGGUUCCCCAGACACUGAAAUCCAAAACGAGGAGCUGGAGAAGAGAGGAAAAGGAAAGAAAAGAAAGAAGAAAAAUGAAAACAAACGAGUGAUCGUCUCCAAUUUGCCCUUUGGAAGUCAGAAGUGGAAGGAAAAUCCAAACAGACACUACGGCUCCAAUAAAAUCAAGACCACAAAAUACACCAUCCUGACCUUCCUCCCCAAAAACAUCUACGAGCAGUUCCACCGCUUCGCCAACGUCUACUUCGUGUUCAUUGCCCUGCUGAACUUUGUGCCAGUGGUGAAUGCCUUCCAGCCAGAGGUGUCUCUGAUCCCCAUCUGUGUCAUCAUGACCAUCACAGCCAUCAAAGAUGCUUGGGAGGACUUCAGGAGGUACAAGUUAGACAAGGAGAUCAAUCACAUGGGGUGUUACAUCUACAGCAGGGAGGAACGUGCUUACGUGGAGAGGUGCUGGAAGGACGUGAGAGUGGGGGACUUUGUGCAGCUGCAGUGCAACGAGACCAUCCCAGCUGACAUCCUGCUGCUCCACUCCUCCGACCAGAGCGGGAUCUGCCACCUGGAAACCGCCAACCUGGACGGGGAGACCAACCUGAAGCAGCGGCGGGUGGUGAGGGGCCUGCCCGGGCAGAAUGCUUUGUUUGAACCCGAAUUUUUCCAAAGCACCAUCACCUGUGAGAUGCCAAACAAUAACCUCAAUAAGUUCCAAGGUUACAUGGAGCAGCCAAAUGAUGAACGGGUUGGUUUUAACAUUGAAAGCCUCUUGCUCCGUGGAUGUACAAUCAGAAAUACUGAGGUUGCAGUGGGAAUUGUUAUAUAUGCAGGGCACGAGACCAAGGCCAUGUUGAACAACAACGGCCCCCGGUACAAGCGCAGCCGCAUCGAGCGCAGGAUGAACGUGGACAUUUUCCUGUGUGUGGGACUCCUCUUUGUGAUGUGCCUCAUUGGAGCUGUAGGACAUGGCAUUUGGACUGGAACCUUCUCAGAGCACCCCCCUUACGAUGUCCCAGAUGAAUAUGGCAAUUUUCUGUCUCCAGCCCUUGCUGGUUUCUACACGUUCCUGACAAUGAUAAUCCUGCUGCAGACUUUAAUCCCCAUUUCUCUCUAUGUGUCAAUUGAGUUGGUUAAAUUGGGCCAAGUCUUCUUAAUUCACAACGACAUUGACCUGUAUGAUGAAGCAGCAGAUUUGCCCAUCCAGUGCCGUGCCCUAAAUAUUACUGAAGAUCUUGGACAAAUCCAGUAUAUCUUCUCAGACAAAACUGGGACACUAACAGAAAACAAAAUGGUAUUUCGACGCUGUACUGUUGAUGGAAUUGAGUUUUCCCAUCAAGAAAAUGCCAAGCGCCUGGAAACCCACAAGGAGCUGGAUUUGGAUGAUGAGGACUUUACAAAACUCCAGCCCUUCACUCUCCCCCCCCCGACUCUUGGGAGAGCAGGCUGUGCCCAGCAGAGCCCGCCCGGGGCCCUGCGGCGCUGCCAGAGCGCCCGCGCCCGGGUCCAGGGCCACGCCAGGAGCAGGUCCCUGGGCAGGAGGGACAGCAGCCAGUCCCAGGUGGCCUUCAGCAGCACCAUCGAGAAGGAUGUGACUCCUGACAGCAGGUUGCUGAGGAGAGUGAGAGAAGCUGCACUCCAGACUGAAAGCCUUUCUCCUUUUAUUCCUACGAGAACUUCCACAGCCUUUGCUGACUUUUUUCUUGCCCUUGCCAUCUGCAACACAGUGCUGGUGUCCACAGCCACCGAGCCAAGACAACGGGUCACGAUUCCACCACCAAUAAAACCCCCGGGAAUCACCCUGGAGAAGAUUCAUCAGAUAUUUCAAAGGCUGAAGUUAGCAAGCCUCAGCCAGUCCUUCUCCUCAUCCCAGUCCAGCUCUGAGCUGGGUGCGAGUUUCGGUGCGAGGGGCCCCGAGGAGCCUCUCCCUGCCCUGGGCAGUGGUGACAGCAGUGACAGAGGUGACAGACGUGACAGCAGUGACAGCACGGACAUGGGCCCUGCCUCCCUGGAGGAGAUGCUCCAGUCUGUGAGCAGCAGUUCUCUGCCCCCAGCCUUGUGCUACGAGGCCGAGAGCCCUGACGAGGCCGCCCUGGUGCACGCGGCCCAGGCCUACAGCUUCAGCCUGGUGUCCCGCACCCCCGAGAGGGUGACAGUGCGCCUGCCCCAGGGCACCCUGCUCACCUUCGACAUCCUGCACACCCUGGGCUUCGACUCCGUCAGGAAAAGGAUGUCUGUGGUGGUGAGACACCCCCUCACCAAGGAGAUCGUUGUCUACACCAAAGGCGCCGACUCGGUCAUCAUGGACUUGCUGGAGGACUCUGCCGGAGCUGAGAAGAGAAUGAAAAGAAUAAAAGAAAAAACACAGAAACACCUGGACCUCUACGCCCGUGAUGGACUGAGAACUCUGUGCAUAGCUAAGAAGGUCUUAAAUGAAGAUGACUUUCAAAAAUGGGCCAAUUUUCGUCGGGAGGCAGAAGCUGCCAUUGAGAACAGAGAGGAGCUGCUAAUGGAGACAGCCCAGCACCUGGAGACCAAACUCACCUUGCUGGGAGCAACAGGGAUCGAGGACCGGCUGCAGGAUGGGGUUCCUGACACUAUCAUGGCCCUUCGGGAAGCAGGGAUACAGAUCUGGGUGUUGACAGGAGACAAGCAGGAAACAGCAGUGAACAUUGCAUACUCCUGUAAGCUCCUGGACCAGAGGGACACUGUCUUCACCAUCAACACCGAAAACAAGGAAACUUGUGAAUCUCUCCUGGAUUUAACCCUGGAAGAGGUGAGGAAGAGUUACGAGUGGGACAAACCGCGGAGGAAGAUUUUCGGCAUCAUCCCAACGGCCCCCGAGGCCCCCGAGGCCCCCAGCACCGAGUUUGGGCUGGUGAUCGAUGGGAAGACGCUGAGCCUCAUCUUGCAGGGGGGCCUGCAGGAGAAGUUUGUGUCCCUGGCGCGGCGCUGCCGCUCGGUGCUGUGCUGCCGCUCCACGCCCCUGCAGAAGGGCAUGGUGGUCAGGCUGCUCCGGGGGCAGCUCCGAGGGAUGACCCUGGCUAUAGGUGAUGGUGCAAAUGAUGUGAGUAUGAUUCAAGCAGCUGACGUUGGAAUUGGAAUAUCUGGUCAGGAAGGCAUGCAGGCAGUGAUGGCCAGUGACUUUGCAAUAGCCCGAUUUAAACACCUCAAAAAACUGCUUCUUGUCCAUGGACACUGGUGUUAUUCUCGCCUGGCAAAGAUGGUGAUUUACUUUUUCUACAAAAAUGUGAGCUACGUCAACCUGCUCUUCUGGUACCAGUUCUUCUGUGGCUUCUCAGGCAGCACCAUGAUUGAUUACUGGCAGAUGAUCUUCUUCAACCUCUUCUUCACCUCAGUGCCCCCAAUUCUCUUUGGAGUCCUGGAUAAAGAUGUUUCUGCAGAAACACUUCUAGGUUUGCCUGAGCUAUACAGGAAUGGGCAAAAUUCAGAGAUAUACAACCUGUCAACUUUUAUUAUCACCAUGCUGGAUGCCUUCUAUCAGAGCCUCAUUUGCUUCUUUGUCCCCUAUUUGGUGUACAAGGACUCUGACAUAGAUGUGUUUUCCUUUGGAAACCCCAUCAACACCAUCUCCCUCCUGACCAUUCUCUUGCACCAGGCUCUGGAAAUGAAAACGUGGACCCUGUCCCAGCUGGUGGCCAUGAUGUGCAGCCUGGGCUUCUACCUCGUCUUCUCCCUGAUCUACAACGCCGUGUGCCUGCUCUGCAACCCUCCCACCAACCCCUACUGGAUCCUGGAGAGGCAGCUCUCAGAGCCCACCUUCUACCUGCUGUGCCUGCUCACCCCGCCCGCCGCGCUCCUGCCCAGGUUCUUUAUUUCUGCUCUACGAGGAACCUUUGGAGCAUCUCUGAUCCUGAAAGCACAGCAAAUAGAUAAACUUCCUAAGGGACAGCGGGAUCUCGAAAUCCAGAAACUGAGAUCAAGGAAAGCUACUUCUGGUGCAUCACCUGCACCUAAUGAUGACCUUGACCAAAGCAUCAGCCACUUAUGUGUGUCACCAUUUCUCCACCCAGCAGCAGCAGCUGUGUCUCAGGGGCACACAGAGGGUCAGGGGCUUUCCAGCUCCGCAGUGAAUCCUCUCAGGAGAGGGACACCACAGGAAAGCUACUGUUUCUACAACAGGUGGGCAGAGGAAGAAUCUGCUGCCACAGACUCUUCAGCAGGACCCUUUGCACCCAGCAGGGGAACAGCUCCUGGGCAGGGCAGUGGCCAAGUGCCCAAAGACAGAGACUCCAGGUCCAGCUCCGGGAGCCACCGGCGCUCAGUGAGUGCAGUGACCCUCUGAGCAAACCCUGCCAGAGCCACAGCCCAGUGACCCUCUGAGCAAACCCUGACAGAGCCACAGCCCUGUGACCUUCUGAGCAAACCCUGACAGACCCACAGCCCUGUGACCCUCUGAGCAAACCCUGACAGAGCCACAGCCCAGUGACCCUCUGAGCAAACCCUGACAGACCCACAGCCCUGUGACCCUCUGAGCAAACCCUGACAGAGCCACAGCCCCUGAGAGAAGGAUGAGAAGGACACCCCAGGGCACACCAAGAGUCUGUUUGUGCUGAGCCACGAUGUCACUGCAAGUGGAGAGGAGUGUGGGGCAGUGCAAUACCAGCUUUAAUGGGCCUUAAUGGGCUUUAAUGUGCAGCCUCUCCCAAGUGCAAAUGUUGUCUGGGUUUGCCAUCACCUGACUUCCUGACCUUCCUGGUUUUGUCACAUUAGAGGGAUGUUACCUGAGCAUGACACACCUGCUGAGAAUUGCCAAAUUACUUUAUUUUUGUACCAGAGUAAUAGGGAAUAAUUAUACCAGUGAGGUUUCAAUGUUAUUACACUACUGAGGUGACAGAAGGAGAAUCCAUUCUUUAUUAAACCAAGUCUUAAAGCAACACAUCCACUCUAGCUUUUACUAUCAAAGUCUUAAAAAGACUUCACUAACUUAAAAAUUACAGUUCUGCCUCAAAAAAAUGUUACCUCUGAGUACUAAAGGUACUUGAAGAAUAAAAAAAAUUGAAAGACACUAGAGAAUGUUCCAGGUUUUAAUAUAUGGACUUUGUACAUACAACAAUAUCAGGUCCAUAGCCUGUUUUCCCUGAACAGUAAGCUCAGUACUUUUAUGCAGGUAGUGGUUUGACCUGAUACUGUUAAGGACAAAUGAGUUUAUAAAGAAGAAGAAGAAUACAAAUACUGAACUGCAAGAACUGCCAGGAUAACUCAGUGAUAAGUGGAGUCUACUUCUUCAUACCUACAAAAGCAGACAGAUAAAACAAGUCACAUUCAAGGAUUUAUGUCCUAGAAUUCUAAAGUUGUCCCUGAUUUUUCAUCUGGAAAUUCAGUUUCUUUCUUCCAUUCUUUAUAUUCUCAUGUAGUGUUGCUGCAUUCAAUCCAAUGUCAAUCCUGCUCCUUCCCACAGUUGGUCACAGUCAGUAGUUGAUGAGAUCUCAACAGUGGAGAUGGUGACAAGCCAUAUAUGAAGGUCACUAAUCACAUUGCAGAAAGUACAUGUGUAGAAUGACCAAAAUAUGCAUAAUAUGUUCACCCUUUUCAGUAUCUCAGGACAACAAGAUGCAGGAAAAAAACCCAUAAGAUGUCACCAUCAUCACUACUUAUUGCAAUGCAAUGAAAGGUGACUUUGGUAUUUCUUAUAGAAAUGUUGACUAGUAAGACCAUUUCCCCAGUUUUUCUGCACAAUGUGGGAUGAAAUCUUAACUAGUUUUCAAUUCAACCUAUUUGUACUUUUGUGAAUCUACCAUUGGUUCUGAUCUAAGUAGGUUUCUAGCCUUUUUUUAUACAUGCUGUAUUAAUUUAGCUAUUUAAUACCUAUCACAAUGUGUGAUCUGUUUAAUCACCUAUUUAGCAAAUACUAAUUUAACUUCUGUGUGUUGUAAUAAUUACUGUAACUGGACUCUUCGAGUUCUUACUUUAAAACAACUCAGGCAAAAUUGAGCAGCAUAUCUGCCACUGGGACUUCUGGGAGCCAGGGCAUAUGUAGAACUGCCAUUGUUAAAGUAUUAAUUGUCAGCUGUAAAACAAUUCAGAAAGAGAUUUUUUUGCAUGAUGUACAGAAUGAAGGGAAUUAAGCAUAGCUGAGACUACUGUUAAUGGAGUGUGAGAUUGCUCAAACGUUUGCUCACCAGCUGGGAAUGGACCUGGGGUGACAAGACUGAAGAUCAAGCCUUUACAAUUCAUAGCAAUGUUUUUAUAUUAAAUGGUCCAUUUCCUGUGAACUUAAAGAUGUCAAUGUCUGACACAUUUUAUUACCAAAUGUGAAGUGUUUUUAUAAUAAUAAAUGUAAUAUGGUCAUGA